CACGUUGGGAGCACAGAGACCCACACCCUCCAAAAGCCAAGGUUCUGCACAGCGCUGGCCGCUUCGGGGUAACAAAAGGACCCGAGCUGCCUGCAGACCCAGCACCCCCGGGAGCCGGGCUCGCAGCCGAGGACGUGCUCGGCGGCGCCCAUCUGGGGGCUCGGUUCUAACUCUUUCUCCACGUAGCCCCUCUAGACUCUCCCAUCCUCUCGAUUCUUCUUCCAUCCGUGGCACCGAGGCCCCUGCAGCUGCACUCUCCCGGGACUCAUCCAUCUCUCCAGCGAGUUUUUUGUUUAUUUGUUUUGUCGUGUGAGAUCCCCACACUCAUGAACAUACACAGGUCUACCCCUAUCACAAUAGCGAGAUAUGGGAGAUCUCGGAACAAAACCCAGGAUUUCGAGGAGUUGUCGUCUAUAAGGUCCGCCGAGCCUAGCCAGAGUUUCAGCCCGAACCUCGGCUCCCCGAGCCCGCCCGAGACUCCGAACUUGUCGCAUUGCGUUUCUUGCAUCGGGAAAUACUUAUUGUUGGAACCUCUGGAGGGAGACCACGUUUUCCGUGCGGUGCAUCUGCACAGCGGAGAGGAGCUGGUGUGCAAGGUGUUUGAGAUCAGCUGCUACCAGGAGUCCCUGGCCCCCUGCUUUUGCCUGUCUGCCCACAGCAACAUCAACCAAAUCACUGAAAUCCUCCUGGGAGAGACCAAAGCCUAUGUGUUCUUUGAGAGGAGCUAUGGAGAUAUGCAUUCCUUCGUUCGCACUUGCAAGAAGCUGAGAGAGGAGGAGGCGGCUAGACUGUUCUACCAGAUUGCCUCAGCUGUGGCCCACUGCCAUGAUGGGGGGCUGGUGCUGCGAGACCUCAAGCUGCGAAAAUUCAUCUUUAAGGAUGAAGAGAGGACCAGGGUCAAGCUAGAGAGUUUGGAAGAUGCCUACAUUCUCCGGGGUGGUGAUGACUCCCUUUCUGACAAGCAUGGCUGCCCAGCGUAUGUCAGCCCAGAGAUUUUGAACACCAGUGGCAGCUAUUCGGGCAAGGCAGCGGACGUGUGGAGCCUGGGGGUAAUGCUGUACACCAUGUUGGUGGGGCGCUACCCUUUUCAUGACAUUGAGCCCAGUUCCCUCUUCAGCAAGAUCCGUCGAGGCCAGUUCAACAUUCCAGAGACUCUGUCACCUAAGGCCAAGUGCCUGAUCCGAAGCAUCCUGCGGCGGGAGCCCUCAGAGCGGCUGACCUCGCAGGAAAUUCUGGACCACCCCUGGUUUUCUACAGAUUUUAGCGUCUCUAAUUCAGGAUAUGGUGCUAAGGAAGUGUCUGACCAGUUGGUGCCCGACAUCAACAUGGAGGAAAACUUGGACCCUUUCUUUAACUGAGCUCAAGGCCCACAUAUACUUAGCAGGUACCAGGAGCAAGAGAGGGCCCCAGCAAGGAGUUCUUCUGGGAUACAGGUGGCCUGGCUGGGAAGCAAGAUGGACACUCGUACUUAUACAUUUCUUGGUUCAGAAGAGGAAGUCCUUCCAGGAGCUGACUGAACAUGUAGCAUGGGAACAAGACAUGUGGGAUAGGGGUUGGGUUCUGACCAUUGGGAGACCUCCCCACCGGGUUUCUCUUCCCCGGGGUAGCCUGAAAGCUACCCCCUCUUGCCAGCUGGGCUGCUUUCACCUACCCCACUUUUCAUUUUGUUCAGAAAUAGUUGCAGAUCUUGAUAGAAUCGAAACUCUCUGCCUCAACCACAUACCUUGGCAUCGCACUGUUAGCAUUUAACUUCUUGUUAUGAUUCAGGGAAGGAACAAUUGAUGGAGGAUUUGUUUUUGUUUUUAAAAAUAAACCAACCACCUAUGUGAUAAUUAAUAGGAUUCACUUAAAAAAAUUCGGUGCACACAGACUGACCUGCAACCUGGGUGCUAAAACCAAAAGAAAGUUCCAGUUGCUGUCUCAUAUUCGCUCUCUUUAACUCAUUUUUUUCUAAAUAAACUAUUUCCUAUGCUGGUUAGGAAGUGAUAUGUUAAUGCUUUGCUCCCUGAAAGGGUGGGGAGGAACAAAUCUGUUCUUUAACCGGCAUAUCUGUUUUGCGUCAGGCGGUGUUGUGGCAGGAAGCUAUUAGAAGUCAGACUUGCAGAUGUAUUACCGCUGUCAGUCUAGGGGAAGAAGAAAGAAAAAGAGAAAAACACAGCUUCUUUCUGAGUUUUGUUCUUUGGAAGGUUCACAGCGUAGGCAUUCCUCUCUGCUCAAAUGAUAGUGAGGGUCUAGGGUGGGGGGCGGCAGGAGGCUCCUGGAGUCGGAUGCUUUUUUGCAAUGCUGGUCACAACAUUUUGUCUUUGCUUUAUGGGAAACUAGUGAAAUAAGACAGGUUGUCCCACGUGUAUAAAAUACAGGGCAGCUAUUUUGUUUUCUUUAUGAAGAGUGAUUCUUUGGGCCUGGAAAGGCCCACUGGUUUGAUCAGAAAGUGGAAAGAGUAAUAAGCUGAAAGCUAGGAUGAUAUAAAUACAGACAGCUCUCUAUCCCAAUACGCACCUUUGUAUUUUCAAGAAUUCUUCUAUUUAUUAAGGAAAAUGUCACAUUGUGAUGUAUUAAAGCCAGUACUUCAAUUACGGGUCGACGGGAUGACAUGUUACAUGCUGUAGUAAACGUUUAUAAUUUUUUUCCUUGUUUGAGUAUUUCUGUCCCUGAAAUAACUUUUAAUUUGGCUUCUUCUAGAUAGCUUUCUUUGAUUUCGAGUGGCAAAAUGUUUCCUUUUGUAUUCUGGCUUUUCUAUUGCUGUAUGAUACAAAACUCUUUUGGCAUAAAUAUUUGUGUUCCCAGUACCUCAGUCGUUUGGGUUUUACUGCUUGUAUAUGUUUUGUGAAAUGGUCCUGUUUUUGGGUAGGUAACACGUGGACUCUAGUAUGUAAAUGUUACUUGAAUCUGUGCUUCAUUCUAGUAUGUGGCAUGUGUGUUCGGACUCUUGGAUGCUUCACGCCUGCUCCACAGGAGACCCUGUCCCCAGGUGGGCAGCUUCCCCAAUCAUAAUCAGGAGACAAGGCUGCCGUGGAUGUGCCCUUGAUUCUAUUUUGAUAAUGGAAGAUGCAGAGAGAGGCGUUGCACAUUCUGAAGAUGAUGUUGUGGCAAGAAGGACCUUUCAACUUCCCUCUCCCCUAUUUUUUAAGUACUCGGUGGGAGGAAAGAUUGAUGACAUGCAUGGUGGGGAUCAACGGCCUCUGGUGCUUUGUCCUGUACUUGGUUUAAUGUUUUUGUCCUAAUAUCUUCAAUCAAUAAAAUUGUGCGUAUUUAACUAAAA